GCUGAUUUUGCAAAGUUGUUUUAAAGCGAAGGGAUUCAAGUGUACAUUGCUAGAAUACUAAUAAACGAAAGUUAAGAUUGCUUUUACAGUGUUGAGUGCAGCCCCAGGAGCAGUGGUAUGACAUCACACGAGACAACAAGAAGAAAGCCCUGACUCUAGACUUUGACUGCCAGACCUCAUUCUCAAAACAGUCCAAUCACGUGCCAGAAGACGAUGCCCGAACGCUGUGUGGCGUAUGGGUGUGGCAAGUCGUGGGAAGAUGGUGUUACUCUGUAUAAUUUCCCUAACAAUGACACAGAGGAGUUUCACAAAUGGGAGAAGCAGGUCCAGCGGACUCGGAGCAACUGGACCGCCUCGCCGAACUCCCAGCUUUGCUGUGAACACUUUGGUAAGGAGUGUUUUGAAAACAAGCCCUACCCCGUCCUCAAGGCUCUCGCUGCCAAAGGACAGCUGAAGCUGAAGGAUGGGGCUGUCCCCACAGUGUUCAUACGGCCCCCCUGCACCUCCUGUGAGGGCUUCGGCUGCAACGUGUGCACCCCCAAAGCCCAGAGACGUGGCGUCCCUGUAGAACCACAGGAAUAUGACACGGAGGAUGUUGAGGGGGGACCUCUGCAGUCGGAUGACACUGAUGCAGAGGAUGACGAUGAAGAUGACGAAGAAGACGAAGAUGAAGAUGAUGAAGAUGAGAUGGAUGAUUCUUUUGGAGAUUACUACUCUGCUCUCACUAUAGAUGACGGACCGGUGGUGUGUGAGAUGUGUGGCUUCAGCGGGACCAGAGACACCUUCUAUUCCAAGACCAAGCGUUUCUGCAGCGUCUCCUGCUCCAGAGCCUACUCCUCCAACUGCAAGAAGUCCUCUAUCCUGGCACGACUUCAGGGAAAGCCUCCCACCAAGAAGGCCAAGGUGCUGAUUAAGACUGCCUGGUCCACCCAGAUGGGAAACAUGAUUGCUUCUCUGGGAAGCAGUCAGGACAACAGCUCCAGCUCUACUGGACAGGAUGUUGCAGCAACAGGAAACUUUGACUGGGGUGCUUACCUGGAGAAGGCAGGCUCUCUUGCUGCUUCAGUGGCCUGCUUCAGACAUGCGCCACUCUGUGCCCAGUGGGAUGACAUCACAGUGAGGUUAAAGGUAGAGGUCCUGAACACUAGUGCCAUCCUACCCAGUAAAGUGUAUUGGAUCGCCAGCAUCAUCCAACUUGCAGGCUAUAAAGCUCGGUUGAGGUACGAGGGCUUUGAGGAGGACAGCAGCCAGGACUUCUGGUGCAGCCUGGGUUCUGGAGACAUGUACCCCAUCGGAUGGUGUGCCAUGACCGGCAAGCUGCUGGUGCCACCACAGGCUGUGCACCAGAACAUCUCUGACUGGAAGGAGUAUCUGAUGAACCGGCUGGUUGGAGCCAGAACUUUGCCUGUGGACUUCUAUAUGAAGCUGGCCGAGAGUAUGAAGUGUCCGUUCCGUACUGGCAUGCGUGUGGAGGUGGUGGACCGCACUCUGGUGAGCCGGACACGGCUGGCAGUGGUGGACACUGUGACCGGAGGCCGCCUAAGACUGGUCUAUGAGGAUGGGGAGCAGGAGGCCAAAGGGGAGCCCCUCUCUGAUGUCUGGUGCCAUAUGUGGAGCCCCCUUCUGCACCCAGUGGGCUGGUCCAGCAAAGUGGGUCAUGUCAUUAAACUGGCUGACGUUGACCACCCAACAUUCCGUAAGGUGUACUGUGAUAGCGUCCCCAUGCUGUUUAAGAAGCCCAGGACUGUGUACAUGGAAGGAGGCUUCUUUGAGGUGGGAAUGAAGCUGGAGGCCAUCAAUCCUGUAAACCUGGGCAACAUCUGUGUGGCCACUAUACACAAGUCAUUGGUAGCAGAGAACUGGAAGGAAAGGCGGCCAAAGGAGGUGUUCGCUUUGGGGAUGACCAGUGAAAUAUACCUGCUGGAGCACAUGCUACGGGUGCUGUUGGAUGGCUACCUGAUGGUGGGCAUUGAUGGCACAGAUGGGCCGGGUGAUGGGUCUGACUGGUUCUGCUACCAUGCUUCCUCCCAUGCCAUCCUACCCAAGGGAUAUUGCCAGAAGCACAACAUCCAGCUCACACCACCCCCUGGCUAUGACUGGAAAACCUUCUCCUGGGCAAAAUACCUUGAGGAGAAGGGAGCCAGAACAGCGCCAGCACAGCUCUUCAACACGGACGGCUCAGGUCACGGCUUCACUCAGAAAAUGAAGUUGGAAGCUGUGGACCUGAUGGAGCCGUGGCUGGUGUGCGUCGCCACCGUGAGGCGCUGUGUGGGCCGGCUGCUACUGCUGCACUUUGAUGGCUGGGAGCCGGACUUUGACCAGUGGGUGGACGUUCAGUCACCAGACAUCUACCCAGUGGGCUGGUGCGAAGUCACAGGAUACCAGCUCCAGCCACCCAUUGGACCAGAUCCUGUUGCAAGUCGCAAGAAACACAAGCCUAUGGGGAAAAAGAAGAAAAGAAUGGUGAAGAAGAAACUGGCGAACCUCAUCUCCAAGAACCGCCCCCCAAGACGUCCGAGCCAACAGUCUGAACCUGAGGCCGGAACCCCAGAACAGUCAGACCACACAUCCGUCACACAGCAGAUUAAGACUGAACCUGAGGAGCAGGAGAUCAUAGCAGUGAAGGUGGAGGAGGUGGAGACCCCCAUCGCACCGACCCUGCCAGAGGCCCAGGUCCCUCCACCCUCCCUGGGGGUGGUCAAGCAGGAGCCACAGGGAGAGGACCAGCAGAAAGCAACAGACAGAGGUGGAACGUUGAGACUCACUGAAAUUGAUAUACCCUGAAUACAAUUAUCCAAACUGACCGUAGAUGAAUGUCUGUGGUUAACUUCAUUCUACACCAUCACAGCCUUGGAUCACCUGAAGAUCAGAUGAGUCUGUUGAGCCCCACUUCUGAACAUUCUCAGCUCUGGAGCUGAAUAAAACUGUUCCAGUUGAACAGAAAGGCCAAUACUGUGACACCCGUUAAGGACAUUCUUUCAUACAUUGAAUAACAAACACCCAGUCGAUGUUGUUGUAUAAUGUUUAUUUGUUUUAUAUCCAGAUUCCUUUUCGUUGUUGUAUAUACAAUCCUGGAUUAAAGUACUUCAGUGAACUGGUU